CAGCCUGCACCUUUUCAUUGCUGGUAUCCAGGACCUUGGCGGAGGCAGCCACGGCGCGGCCCUUGGUGGUUUCCAUUCCCAAGAGGAUGGCAUCACGGAGCGCCAUGUCUCCGUCUUGUUCAGUGUCAGCGGGACGGCUACUCUAGCAGCAAUGGGAUACGCACAACAGCUCUUGUGAAGAGUCCACUUGACCUUUGGUGGCUCAUCUGCAGCCGCGACAAGCGCAGCGGCCUGCACCAGGAAAGCGAGGACGUGGCUCAAGUGCAUCCUGAAAAGGUUGAGCGCUUAGCAAGUACAAGGGUUGCCGGCUCCUCGGUCGUCCUUGUCCGACUCUCUGUUAACGGCCCUGGACCCUUCUUAUACUAAUUCCUAUCCGACACUGCAAGGUCGUUGUAAGCCCUACGCGCGGUCUCUUGCCAUUGCGCUCGGACGACGACACGGCGUCCAAGACUAGCAUCAUUCUGCUGCCUGCCACUCCAAAUUUAUCCGGAUAUGCCGACUCACAGCCGCACCGACCCCUAGCCUGGACCAUGAUGAUGCCUUGGGGAUAGGACAUCGUUCGGUCAUGGCCAUCCUCGUACACAUCUACCGCUGAGAGCAUCGAGUUCACGCUGUGAAGACUCAGAAAUAAGUCCUUGAACGGCAACGAUCGACAGACGCGCCAAGUCGAUAUGAAUAAGCGCCGGGGCCGUAAGCGACACAGCCAUGUUGGGGGCGGCAGUCGACGGACUACACGCGGUGCCGCCCCCAUCCCAACACCAUCACCUUAUUCCAAGCGCCGGUCAUUCCCAUCUUGGGCAUAUGUACCUGCGGCUUAUGCUUUGGUGCGCGAUCGCGAUAUGUCGACAACGUGCCGGUGCCUGCAGGGGUUUCAGCCAGCCGGCCACAUCUGCUUUCUGCUUUAGCCGGCGACGGCGCCGCGCUGCGCUCAACGACACCACCUCGAGCCAUGUUCCUGCUUCGAGCUUCAACUCCGAACACCCAUUUAGCAUCACGAUAUCAGGCGGCUCGUAUGGCUUCAAUCGAGGCUGACCACAGCCCCCAAAUGCGCGCUUUGAUCGUCGUGAGAGCUAGCUUGUGCGCACAAGCGUGAUCCUUCGUCUGGGGCUGACAGCUGCAAAGAGGCAUUGGGAUGUGCGGCAUCGACUCGCCGUGCGAUGGCGAUACGAGAUUGAGUGCGUCAGAGCAGCGAGCUGUUUGUCGUCACCAUGUGCUCGUACUUAUUUCUUGCGGCAUCCUCGCAGUGUCCGUUUCUGUCGGAACUCAUUGCCACCAGCCAACGUUGAGAUCGUUUGCACUUUGACUUGAGCUCUGGAAAAGCGCACUGUACGUCGGAGCCUUUACCAUGAAGCGUGCGUUUCAAGCUCUUGCUGCCACGGCCGCAUUCGUCGGCGCCCUGGGCAGCAUCGACCCGCGGGAGCCCAAGAUAACUGGCGCCCCAUCGUAGGACUCUUAACUUGCACGUCCACGAGACACCUGCUGACGCGGUUUAGGUUCCAUAUCGCGGCCAUCAUACCAACAGAGUCUGGUCAAAUCGGCAUCAACCCGCCUCCACCAGAGUCUGUAAAGGGCCACAUUGGGAAGAACACAAAGUACCUGACGGAUCUUGGCACCAGCACCAAAUGGAUCGGGCCGAACCCGUCCUUCAUCACCGUCGCCACCAAGACGGCCACCAAGUCUGGCAAGCCCACCGUAGCCACCAUAACGAUGGGUGUGGGCGCGGCCAAGAAUGCCGCCGGUGGCCUCGAUAUCCUCUUGAGCCCUGCCGUCAAGGCCAAGCUCGAGGCCAUUGCCAAGCAGGUGAAGCCAUGCUCGGCGAAGCGCAGGCGCGGGGUCCAGAGACGUCAGGGCCCGUCCUGCGGCCUGGCCGACUUUGUCAACCGCGUCGGCGAGGACGCCGAGUUGAGAGACACCUUUACCCGUCAGAUCACCAACGAGGUAUGGGCUGGCGUCGACGAGGGGUACUCGGGGGAGCCCGAUGAGAACCCCGGGUUUGAGCACCUGCACGAUGAUGAGGGCUACUUUUCCGACGACGCCGACGGCUUCUUUGAGGGCGCCCAGGGCGAUGGGACCGUCGAGGCCGUAGUAUUCUCCUCGCCAGAGGAGGCCGCGGCGAUCGCGGCGGCGGCGGCAGGGUCAGAGGCCGGGUCCAUCUUUGGAGCCUCGACCGUCACGUCUGGGUCCUUCCUGGCUCUGCUAUGGACUACACUCCAGGGCGGCAAGGCCCUCGAACCCGUGUACCAGGUGCCCAAGGAGAGCAUCCACAAGAUCACAAAGACCAAGACCAAGACGGCCGGCCCGAGCUCGACGCAGCAGAGCUCGACGACGAGCUCAACGUGCCCGACUGGGACGGCAGUCCCCGAGUGCGGCGAGGGCUGCAUUCCCACGCAGGUCAAGAUUGAGGACCCCAAGAAGACCACAGUGCCCGACUGGCACUGCUCAGAGGGCAAAACCAAGGACUGCAAGUGCAACCCCGGCUCGUUGGAGCUCGUGACGCCGUAUUUCCAAGAGUACCAGCAGACCAUCUGGGCCGCGACCAAGGACCUACACGAGGCCAAGCCCGAGGUGCGCAUCACCUGCGACUCGGCCAUCUCCGACGCGCCGAGCAAGUGGUUCGGCGACAUCACCAAGAACUUUUGCCCGAUGGCCAACAAGGCGGAGCUCGGGACCGGGUCCAUUGCCUACGACGUAUACGGCAACAAGAUUCCGCUCCUCAAGAACAAGCUCGCCACCGAUAAGCCCGUCGAGGGCAGGUCGCUUCUGCAGGCUCGCUCGCCGCCCGAGAACCAGGAAAACUACAAGGACUUCAAGUUUUUCGUCAGCUGGGAGCCGGCCAAGGGCGACUGCGUGCUGCCCAAGGACACCAUGUGCGUCGACGCGUAUGCGCAGGCCGUCAUGACCAACUGCGGCAGCAACCACGGCUCUGCCGGCGACCGGCUCUUCGUUGACGCCGCCAUCGACGUCGGCUGCGGCAAGUACACAUGGCACGUCGAGGCGCCGCGCAAGCCGGAUCCCAAGCCGGAUCCGCCCAAAGCCCAGGACCAGGUGUGCACCGACAAGUACUCGCACCCGGACGUCCCCUGGGACGCGCAGAGCCAAUGGGCCGAGAUUGGUUGCCGCGAAUACUCCAACAAGGUGAUGAAGCCGGGCGACAAGCCCAUCUACUGGCACUCGCUUUUCAUCUACUUCCUCAACUACCAGAUCUCGUGGGUCGACGGCUGCGACGUUGUCAAGGAACAGUCGGCCAUGAAGCCCCUGGGCGACGGCGACUCACUCGAUUGCAAGACUCUCUUGGUGGAGAAUUACCAAAAAUGCGGCAACAACGGCGGCGCGGGUGGCUCGAGGCAGGUCGGCUGUCUCAAGUAUGAGUUUUAUCCCAAGAAUUAGUCAUGUCGGCCAUGUCGGCGCAAGACCAACUACCUGUUUGUAAUGGAACUGGCGGCAAUUCGAGUGUGUUGACGUGCGGACUGUACACGGCGCAGCGACGUGUUGUCGCAAAGAAGCCCAGCCCACUGACGACGUAGCCUGUGAACAAUGCACCGGCUAGCGCGGGUGAGUUGCAAGAAUGCUGACGGCUUCAAC